AUGAGUGACCAUGACUCAUGUCUUGGCGUGGUCCACUUUCCGGAUCGGUCUUUAAGGGCUGAGUAUAAAGAGUAUAAACUCAGUAUAACCUGCACCAUCCAUUCAUCAGCAUUCAGCUUCUCAUCAGCCUACCUCAUCUUCUUCAUGGCAGACAAUCCACUCAACAAUACCUCAGGUGUGCCUGAGAAAAGAGAAGAAUCAAGGCCGACACCUUUACAAGAUGAACCGCAAUAUCCUGGCAGAGUCAAGCUCGCCUGCAUCUUAUUCGGCCUCAAUCUCUCCAUGUUCCUCGUUGGGCUCGACAACACAAUCCUCUCCAGCGCCAUUCCAAAGAUCACCGAUCAAUUCCAUGCCCUUGGAGACGUGGGCUGGUACGCCAGUGCAUACCUUCUCACCAACUGUGCCUUCCAACUGUUCUGGGGAAAGCUGUACACCUUCUACACCGUCAAAUGGGUCUACCUCGCCGCUCUAUUCCUCUUCGAACUCGGCUCUCUCAUCUGCGCCGUUGCUCCGUCGUCCAUGGCCCUGAUCAUCGGCCGUGCCAUUGCAGGCGUCGGGGCUGGCGGCGUCGCCAACGGUUCAUUCCUGCUGAUCGCGCACUCUGUCCCAGCGCCAAAACGACCAACUCUUGUCGGUCUCCUCGGUGCCAUGUACGGGCUGGCUGCCAUAGCCGGACCACUUAUGGGCGGUGCCUUUACCGAUAACGCCUCGCUCACCUGGAGAUGGUGUUUCUACAUCAACCUCCCUCUCGGCGUUGUCCCAGCCUUCGUAAUCGUCUUCCUCAUUCCGUCGUUCGCUGGCAGCAAUAAUCGCCAAUCUGGCGCUCUGAACCAAAUCAAGCAGAUGGAUGUCCCGGGCUCGUUAUGCCUGCUCCCAGGCGUCAUCUGUCUCCUCCUCGCGCUUCAAUGGGGCGGAACGAAAUACCCAUGGGACAACGGCCGUAUCAUCGCCCUGCUUGUCCUCGCCGGUGCUCUCCUCGUCGGAUUCACAACUAUCCAGUACUUCAGCGGCGACCGCGCAACAGUCCCACCCCGUGUCUUCGGGAACCGCAACGUCUGGGGCGCAGCCCUCUUCGGUUCGGGAGUUACAGCCGGCUUCUUCUUGAUGCUAUACUACAUCCCAAUCUGGUUCCAAGCCAUAAAAUCCGCCUCCCCAAUCCGAUCCGGCGUCAUGAACCUCCCCAUGGUCCUCGCCUACGUCGUCUUCUCCCUCUCGGGCGGCCUCCUCACAAGCAAAAUCGGCUACUACAUUCCCUUCGCCUACCUCACCGUCCUCCUAAUGUCCACCGGAUCCGGCCUGUUGACAACCCUCUCCGUCUCCUCCGGAAGCCCCGAGUGGAUCGGAUUCCAGUUCCUAUUCGGCGCGGGGGUCGGCCUCGGACUGCAGACUGCGUUUGCGGCGCCGCAGUGCGCCCUCCCCAUUGAAGACGUGGCGAUCGGGACUGCGAUUGUCAUGUUCCUUGAGAAUCUGUGUGCGGCGGUGUUUGUCUCCGUUGGGCAGAAUGUUUUUGGGAAUCGGCUUAGUGCGAAUAUCGGCGUUUAUGCGCCGGGUGUUGUGGAUGCAGGGAAGUUGAUUGAGGGGGGGGCGACGGAGGUGAAGAGGGUUGUUCUUAAGGGGCAGGGCGAGGCGGCUUAUCGGGCUGUGCUGGUUGCGUAUAAUAAGGCGCUGACGGAGACGUUUUAUGUUGGGGUGGGCUUGUCUGUUGUUGCGAUCUUGGGGGUUGUUGCUAUGGAGUGGGUUAAUGUGAAGGGGCCGGGGAAGAAGGAGACUGGGGAUGGAGAGGGGGAUGGUGUUUGA